AUGCUUUUGCCAUAUCUUUUUCUGCUGUUCGGCAGCGCUUGCGCAGCAUACGUUAAUGUCACCACCUCCACAAUCACUUCAUGCUCCUUGGGAAUUUGUUCUAUUAUUACAACAACUGUACCAUGCUCUUAUAAAACUGAGUCAUCUGUCAAGCUUACUUCUACAAAGUCUGCAGUGGAGCUUACAUAUACUUCGUGUGACACACUGGGGUGUCAUACACUAACGUCUACAGUUGCCAUUCCACGUUCGCUUUCUACAAAGACCACUUGUUCAAGCUGCUCCUCGCAGGCUACUUCUAUACCUGUUAGUAUUUUCGAAACUACAAAGACAGUCACAACGCUUGUGACAGGACAGGACUAUGUCACGAUUACAUCGUGUGGAUCAAAAGGGUGCAGUACUUAUCCAACUGGACUUACCACCAUAACGAGCACUAGCAAUGGCAUCGCGACUGUUUAUACGACUUAUUGUCCAUUAACGGGAAGUUCCGGAUUAGUGAGUUCUGUUAAGACACCUGCUACAACACCUGCUACAACAUCAUCGUCAUCAGUUGCCUCUUCACCUUCCUCAUAUCUUACUACUAUCACCAGCAGUGUGAAUGGGGUUACUACCGUCUACACAACAUAUUGCCCUUUGACCAGUGCGAGCGAAACUUCAAAAGUUAUAGAGAGUUCCUCAUCGACUGUUUUAUCGGUAACCACAGGAGUUGACGAUACAACUUCGAUCUCCAAAACCAAUACUAGUUUGUCUGCUGAGUCGAGUAUUAUUACCAGUGCUACCAGUGCUACUACCACUCAUACCAGAACUAGUUUGUCUGCUGAGACAGGUAUCAUUACCACUGCUACUGAUGAUGAUAUAACUGCUACCACCACACACACCAGUAUAUUUACUAGUGACACCGAUGAUGAUGAAACUGCUACCACCACUCACAUCAGCAUAGUUACUAGUGACACUGACGCUAGUGAAUAUACCACUGAUACUAGUACUGUUGCUACUGGUAUUGUUGCUAGUGAGUCUAGUUCUACUAUUACUCAGGUUACUUCCCCAUCGUCAGUGCUUACGACUGCCACAAUCACGUCAAAUGGGGUUCGCACCGUCAUCACCACUUAUUGUCCACUAAGCAGUGAUACCACUGCCGAGAGUUCAAUUGAGGCCACAUCAAAAACAGGUCCCACCUCUUCUCACUCAUCAUCAUCAUUAUCAUCAUCCAGCGAGAUUGAAGUUACGACGACAAUAUCCUCGAAGGACAUUUCCAGUUCCAGUUCUGUCACAACAGCCCUUUCAAAAUCUUCUACAGAGUCUUCAGAUACCGCCACAGAUUAUACCGCUUCCAGCACUAUCACCACUCCAGUACAAAGAAAUCCCUCGACAACAACAAUCACAUCUUGCUCCAAAGGUUCCUGCACUGCAUUAGUCACUGGGGUAUCCCAACAGACCAUCACCUCCAACGGGGUGGAAACAGUUUACACGACCUAUUGUCCAUUAACCUCAAAGCAAGGGGUUCACAUCGUGGGAACCGGCUCUGUUUCGGAAACGGAGACCACAACAUUGUCAACAGUAUAUAUCACCUCGACUGCCUCGGCUGAGGCCACAUCUGCGACAUCCAGUGUUCUAAACCUGAACGCUUUCACCGGUGCAGCCAAUAGAGUGGUUCCAUCUGCGUUCUUGUUUAUAGUGGUUGCAUUGUUUGACUGGUUGUGA